GAGAAAACGCAGUGAUGGUGCUCUCAUCGAAGAGAUGAGUGCUCUCUCUUGGCGAUGGUCUUUCCGGAGACGAGGAAGCGCCUCAUCGGAGGAGAAGAAAGGAAGCUCCGAUGACGAGUGGAUCAUGGAGGAAUUUGGUGUCACUGAGCAGCUCUGUGAGUUCGUCAGUGGCUUCAAUGUCAGCACUUUCAAGGAUUUUCCCCUCCAAGAUCGUUCGGAAGAGCCGAUCUCGGCUACGGUGACGUCUACUGUGAGAAAGGAUCUCACUGAGUGGCAGGAGAGGCAUGCAAGCCUUGUCCUUUCCAAAGUCAAGGAAAUCUCACAACUUCGAUAUACUUUGUGCCCUCGCCUUUUAAAGGAGCAACAAUUUUGGAGAAUAUAUUUUCUUCUAGUUAAGACUUACGUGACUCCGUACGAGAUACGUGCGCUACAAAAAGCGAAGAUCAAGAAGAUUAGCUCAGAAGAUAAUAUAUCAGCUAAAAAAUCAGGCAUCGAAGUGGAGAUGAUCGAAUCAAAGAAUCCAAGUGGUUCAUCACUUUUAACACAAUGACUAUAAAGCCUCUUUGAGAUGGAGGAUGUUUUUCCACAUUAUUUCUCCGACAUUAUUCGGCAUACUGAAGAUUUGUGUUUUCGCGGCAGUUCUUGAACCUUCAAAUUUCUCGAAAUGGAGACUUGAACAGGCCUAACAUCGAUGCGAUUCGAUUCUGAGAGGCCGUCUCUGGGAUAAAGUUUUUACUUUUUUUUUUUUCAUUCACUGAUGAGGCUUUACUUAUCAGCAUAUAUGUUCAGAAAGGCAACUGAAACUGCAUGAUUGCUAAUAAAAGCUUUGGGUUUUGUUGAUA